UUUUUUUUUGUUGCUUGAUUUGCGUGUGAUUACGGAUUUGUGUGUGUGAUAAUCUGUCGAAGGGGAUUUCUUUUUUCUUCAGGUCCUUUAUUGGGAGGAAUCUUUAUUACAUUUGAUGGCUAAGCAUGUUGGUAAGAAGUUCACUUGGGUGAUAAAGAACUUCUCCUCUUUGCAAUCUGAGAAACGUAUUUAUUCUGCUCCGGUCCUGAUAGGUGACUGCAAAUGGCGUCUUUGUGCAUAUCCCAAGGGAUACCAGGUCGUUGAUUACUUCUCUCUGUUUCUGCAAAUUGUUGAUUAUGAAUCAUUGCCUUCCAGAUGGAGUAGAAACGUUAAAUAUCGGCUAACUAUCUUACCACAGGAUCCAAAAAAAUGGCCAGUAGAAAGAGAAGGAUAUAGCUGGUUUGAUAAGGUGUCCGAUUGGAAUUGGGGUUCUUCAUCUAUGAUCCCUCUUACCAAACUUCAUGACAAAGAUGAAGGAUUUCUUGUGAACGAUGAACUCAUUAUUGUUGCUGAGGUAGAUGUUCUUGAAGUUAUUGGCACAUUGGAUGUGUCAGUGAAAUCUAAAGAGUCAAGCCGCCCUCUGAAAAAGAUAAAGCUAAAUGAGGAUUGUGCGGAGUCUAACGAGUCGCUCAAGGAAGCUUCAUCAGUAAAAGAAAGCAUGGUUAAUGGGUUUCAAGUUCUUCCUUCACAGGAAGAAUCUGUGAGACGUAUAUUUGAAAGACAUCCAGACAUUGUGGUAGACUUCCGUGCAAAGAACCAACAGCUCAGGACAACAUGGAUGAAUUUCUUGCUCAGCUUGAUCGAGACGCUGUGCAAGUCAAUUCAGGAGCUUUCCAAUGACGAUCUUGUGGAUGCAGACAUUGCGCUGACACACUUGAAAGCUGUGAACUUUAAGGUAGAUUGGCUGGAAAAGAAGCUUGAUCAAGUAAAAGAAAAGAAAAAGAAAGAACUGUCUGUUGUGGCCCAACUCCAAGAAACAGAAGAAAAUAUUCUGAAAUUGAAGCAAAAGUUUUCAGAGCUGGAUGCAGAGUUGUCGGCUACCAGAACUGCUCUGUCAUUUGAUGAUGUUGUUUUAUGACUUGGAUUCUAAGGCAUUUGGUGUUCUGAUAUUUUCGUUUUGCUCUUUGUUUCAAAAUAAGAUGUCUUUUGCAAGGUAAUUGAACUUAUGUUUGAAGUUGUCACAUUUAGUGAAAUAAGUAUAUUUCCGCUAUGGUUUAUCUAAGUUUCAGCUACCAUAAUUGUUGUGUAACUGUGUUUCUUAGGACAAACUUUAAAGCUAUUGUUCCUUAAACUGAGAUCUUAAAGAGUUCUUAGGCACCUUGAGUUAAUUGACUAGGUAUUGAAAUGAGAAUCACAUGGGUGUAGAAAUGUAUAACGAUUCUCACGUUUUGGUGAAGUUAAGAAUAUAGAGUGGCACUUGCAGAGUCACAUGGUUAUGAAUCUUGAUGAUAAAGUAAUCUCUUUGUGUAUGAAAACAGAGAGAUAUUUGCUUAUCGUCAUGUACUCUCUUCAUACAUGCACUUGCGCUUUCGUACUCAUCUUAUCAUUGUUGUUGAUGUCAGAGAGUAUGUAUUAGUUUCUGUUUCUUCCUG